AAUAAUUUGUGUAAUUAAAAUUGUUCCAAGGACGUUGAUAAUCUUAAACUGUUAAAAAUAAAUGAUGUGGGCAAACAAAUUUAGAAAACACGUGUUGUCUAAUCCACAUGUAAAUGUUAAAUAAUCUUAAUGUUAAUCAUUCGUAAUGAUAUCAUGUGCAUUACAACAAUAAAUCAGUCUUUAUUGGGGGGUCGUGUCAAACAUUAAUCAAAUCAAAUUACAAAAAAUGGGGGAAGUUAAGAAACAAUGGGUCCCACCAAGAAUCAGACAAUGUUUCGUGGCCAUGGGUCCAGUACUGAUAACCACCAGCCUCGGAAUGUCGGAAGGCUACUCCUCGAUCCUCCUCCCCCAACUGGCGGCCACCAACUUCGUACCAACCGAUGAAUCCACCUCGUCGUGGAUCGCAGCCAUGGGCGCCCUUCCAAUGCCCUUAGGCUGCAUACUGGGAGGCUAUCUGAUGGAGGUGAUAGGCAGAAAGACCAUCCACAUGGCCGCCUGCCUUCCCUGCACCUUUGGCUGGCUGGCCAUCUGUUUCGCUUACAAUUUGGAGCUGAUACUGUUCGGCAGGUUCCUGACCGGACUGUCGGUGGGGCUCCUGGGCCCCCCCACCGGGGUCUACAUGAGUGAGACCUCCGAACCGAAGUUUAGGGGGUUUUUGUUGGCCUUCAUUUCGUUUGCCAUUGCCUUUGGGAUUUUCCUGUCGCAUUUACUCGGCACUUUCUGGACGUGGCAAAGUACCGCCUUGUUCAGCAGUUUCUUUCCGAUUAUUUGUUUGGUGUUCAUGUAUUUUGCUCCGGAGUCGCCGACGUUUUUGGCCAAAAAGGGGAAGAUCGAGGAGGCCACCAAAGCCUUCUAUUGGUGCAGAGGUUACUCCGAAGAGGCGCAAGACGAACUUGACGAAGUAAUACGUCGACAAACUAAAAUAUCCAACGAACCGACCAAAUCCUUAAAAGAAACGUUGGUGGACCUCAAAAAACCUGAAUUCAUCAAACCGUUGAUAAUAUUAAUCGUGUUCUUUUGUACCAUGCAAUGGUCAGGCAACAAUGCCAUGUCUUUCUACUCCGUUUCGAUAAUGAGGGACACAAUUGGGGGAAACAUGGAUGAGUACCUCUCAAUGUUAAUAGUAGACACCAUAAGGUUGUUGAGUUCAAUUCUGGCAUGUUGGGUGAGCAAAGUAAUGGGCAGAAGGCCGUUAAUGAUUGUCAGCGGUUUUGGCACCUCCAUCUCGUUAUUCGUGCUCGCCGGCUUCAGUUUCACCACCCAGUUUUAUCCUGAAGUCAGCACUUAUGUUGCCAUACCAUUAACUGCCAUGGUUACCUAUAUGACUUUCUUAACAGUGGGUCUUGUGCCACUUCCUUGGACAAUGAUGGGUGAAGUUUUUCCAUUAGCAAACAGAGGAAUUGGUUCAGCAAUUUCUUCCAUGGUUAACUAUGGCAUGAUCUUCGUGGUUGUCAAGCUAACGCCUGGAAUGUUUCUAAACUUGGGCACCCAUGGAACAUUUUUCACCUACGGAAUAUGCACGUGUUUAGGGAUAAUUUUAUUAAUAUUUUUCUUACCGGAAACCAAAGAUAAACCUUUACAUGUGAUUGAAGACCACUUCAAAUCGAAACCAAAGCACUAACACUUGUUAAUUUAAUUUAUUACUUUAAUAAAACAAAAU